UUCGCCCACUGGUAUCUCCCUGCCCUUCUCCCAGUCUCCUAGGAGCCAUCCCUAGCCAGCCCCUGGACCCGGAAGGGGGAAGGAACAGGUAGCAAUCUCAGCAUCCAGGAGAUUCACCAUGACCAGGGCCUUGAAAGAGGCUCUUCUACAGCACUUUAUACAUCAGAAGCUGGAGAUUGCUUAUGCCAUAAACAAGCCAUUUCCCUUCUUCGAAGGCCUCCGAGACAACUUCUUCAUCACCGAGAGACUGUACCAGGAAUCUCUGGAAGCCUGUAGAAAUCUGGUCCCUUUAUCCAGGGUCGUGUACAACAUCCUCACUCAGGUGGAGACCACGUUCAGUCUGUCAUUUCUGCAGAUGUUGUUCAGCCGAAUAAACCUGAGUGAAUACCCCAACUUGAUGAUGACUUUCAAGAGCUUCAAAAGGGUUGUCAUUUCCAACGGAGGGGGGAGCAGAAUCUCAACGAUCCCUCUGGAAGCCGCAGCCGACCCAGUAGGAAGUAGCUCCCUCUGGGCACUGCUGCCGCUGUCCACCUGCCAACACCCCCCAUCGAGCAGCCCGCCCUGCUCACCCAGUGUUGGCGAGCCCGGAGCACCUGCCCAGCCCGGCGCCGAGAUCCUGCACAAGCAGCCCAGCCCUGCUGGCCUCACCGUGGCUCUCCCCGGAAUCAUCCAGGAAGGAAGCCUCACUCCGGUGUCCAGUGACAACCUGGUCCCCCAAAUAAAAGAUAAAGAAGACACUCAAGAGAUGUCCUGCGCUCCAUCAGGCCCCAUGCCAGUGAUAAGAGAUGAUGGUCCUGAACAAAGUGACCCAGAGGAGCUCCGAGAGGCACCCAGGGCACCUCCCAGCAAGAAAGGAAAGAAGAGAAAAAGAAGUAUCUGGUUAACCUCAAAGAAGAGACACCAGAAAAAAAGACUCCCAAGAGGGGCGCCCUUACCUGGGCGUGGAAUCCAAAAGACGCUCCAAGUGGUGGAGCAGGUGACUCACAGAGAGGACGACUCAACCAGGAACACAAAGGUCAUGACGAGAGCAAGAAAGAGGACAGAAUGUGCCCAAACGCCUGCACCAGAGGAGGUCAGUGAUGACACUUCAGAGAUGGAUGAAGGAAAGAGACCCCAGGAGCCACCCAGCACACCACCAAGACUCACCCACGGUAAAGAUCCCAUGGAUAAGGGAAGCGAACUGUCUUUGGGAAAAUCUCCUGGGGAAAAACGAAGGAAGAGAAAAAUACAUAGCUGGUCAAGUUCAAAAAAAAGACAGAAAAAAAGUCUCCCAAGAGGAAAACUUGACACUCAGCCCUCUAAGCUUCUCCUGUGGGUAUACAAAGGGUCAGCCUCACCUGGACGCAGAACCCAAGAGAUGCUCCAAGUGGUGGAUCAGGUGACUGAAAGGAAGGACGACUCAACCAGAAGUUCAAAGGUCAUGACACGGGCCCAGAAAACAAGGGCUGAACAUGCCCCAAAGCCUGCACCAAAGGAAAAGAAAAGGAUAAAAGAUGUCUAUUCAAGUGCAACAACAAGUUGUCAGAGAAAUAUUCCCAUAAAAGAAAAAUCCAAAGAUGAAACUCUGGAUUUUCACUCUCCUGAACUUCCUGUGACCUGUGGUGAGGCAAAGGGGAUUUUAUAUAAGGAGAAAAUGAAACAAGGCUCCUCAGAGAAGUGUAUUCAGAACGAGAAGGGACUUUGGUUCACACCAAGAGAAUUUGAAAUUGAAGGAAAACGGAAACAAUCGAAGAACUGGAAGCGGAGUGUGUUUUGCAGAGGAAAGAACCUAGAACAGCUGCUGGAGAAAGGACUUUUGCUCUGUCCUCCAAGAAAAAGUCUCAAGAGAGAGCAGGAAAACUCCAGGGAAUGUGAGGUAUGCUGUAGAGGCGGGCCGCUGCUCUGCUGUGACACUUGCCCGAGGGCCUUUCAUGAGGACUGUCACAUCCCACCUGCGGAGGCCGAGAGGAGCCCGUGGAGUUGCACCUUCUGCAGGAUGAAGGAGUCUUCUGGAAGCCAGCAGUGUCUCGGGGAAUCUGGGGUCCUGGCAAGGCAGAUGCAGCCCGAGGAGCAGUUGAAAUGUGAAUUUCUCCUCUUGAAAGCCUACUGUCAUCCGCAGAGCUCUUUCUUUAUGGAGACCCCACGUAAUAUUCGAGAUUACGGUGAGCCCUUUAGGGAAGCCAUGUGGUUGGACCUGGUUAAAGAAAGGCUGGCUGAGAAAGUGUACACAGUGGCCUGGUUUCUACGGGACAUGCGUCUGAUAUUUCGCAACCAUAAAACAUUUUACAAGGCUUCUGACUUUGGUCAGGUAGGACUGGAUUUAGAGGCAGAAUUUGAAAAGGACCUCAAACAAGUGCUUAUUUUUCAUGAAGCCAAUGAGAACAGCUUCCAGGUUCCUCCUUGAUCCUGUUCUGGAUGAACUAAGGCAUCCCAACUUCAGGAUCCAGAUAACGUGGCCCUGGCCAUCCUUAGAUUGCCAACGAGUCUGGAAUGUUAUUGGCUGCCUCUUGACUCAAAUCCAGACCCUUCAGAGCAUUGCCACACCCUCCACCACCUUUUAUUGUCUCUUUUUAUAUUUCGCACCUCAAAAAAAUUAAAUUAAAUAUUUCCUUAAUACUAUUGAAUACCCCAUCACAGUUCAUAUUCUCCCCAUUGUCUCAUAAAUCUUUUUACAAUUGUUGUUUGAAUUGGGAUCCAAAAAGCUUCCACACACUGAAUUUGGCUAAUCUAUAUCUUAAGGCUCUUUUAAUCUGUAAAUUCCCCACUGCCUGUUUUCCUUGCU